AUGAGUGACAACACGAUGAACCCAUUCGAGACGCAUUCCGUUGUAUACGACUUUGUUAUCGCUUUAAUGGACCGUUUUAAAGAAGGAAAACUUGUCGAUAAAGCAAUUGUUGUUGGCCAAAUUUCGUCCAUUGUGUUUUCCAUAAUUUAUUUGAUAUAUGGCGUCACAAUUCCAAUUUUCCAUGACAUGUAUUUCAACGACUACUAUUUCAACGAGUGUUUCAUCAUCGUCUUAGCCACUUUUUUCGCUGUUUUGUUCCAAGUUGUUCGGAUCAUUUCUUCUUCUCUUGACAACAAAAGUUUGUCGCUCAAAUGCUCUCUCAUUCCAAUCUUGCUAUAUCUCGUUGUCACUCUCAUCUCAAUCAAUUCCCAAAGGUAUGUCUCAUCACAUGGGCUUUUGCCACCAAACAAUCUUGUCCACGUGGAGUAUAAAUAUCAUUGCUGUGGAUGGACGAAACAGUCGCUACAAUAUUGUGGAGCUGUGCCGAAGACUGAGGUGACGUGUUUUGAUCGGCUAGUAGUGUCGUUGGAUACGUUUUAUAAACAUAACGCAGUUCGAUCAUCAAUAUUGUUAGUGUUAGAAGUUGUGUUGUGGGUUUCUACGUAUUUCUUUGUGAAUGAAGACUUCAUUGAGAGUCAAUACAAUUGGGAUGCACACGACAACUAA